AUGGCCAAGAAGCAGCCCAACACGCCUGGCGAGGCGCAUGUCAGCGGUCAAUCCAACCGCCCAAUGUCCCUCCCUGCACAUAGCCUGACGCUGGAACAAGUGGUCACUGAGCUCAAGUCUGAUGCUGUCUCUGGAUUGUCGCCCGCCGAGGCCAAGUCUCGUCAUGCGGAGUUUGGGAACAAUGAUUUGGGAGAAGGCGAGAGCGUCUCCCCCCUACAGAUCAUCAUUGCUCAAGUUGCCAAUGCGAUGACGCUGGUGCUGAUUCUGGCCAUGGCAGUCAGCUUCGGAAUCAGGUCUUGGAUCGAAGGUGGUGUUGUUGCAGCCGUCAUCCUCCUCAAUAUCAUCGUCGGCUUUUUCCAGGAGUACUCAGCCGAGAAGACCAUGGACUCCCUUCGAUCUCUCAGCUCCCCGACCGCCCGUGUCGUUCGCGACGGCGACAUGACCACUGUCCCAUCCGCCGAGGUGGUUCCCGGCGACCUCAUUGAGCUCAAGACGGGUGACACAGUUCCUGCAGAUAUCCGCCUUUUUGACGCAGUCAAUUUUGAGACAGAUGAGGCGCUCUUGACCGGAGAGUCGCUGCCUGUCCGCAAGAAUGAGGAUGCCGUUUUUGAUGAAAAGACUGGCCCUGGCGACCGUCUCAAUGUUGCCUACAGCUCAUCGACUGUUACCAAGGGCCGCGCCAAGGGAAUCGUAUUCGCGACAGCCGUCUACACCGAAAUCGGCGCCAUCGCCUCCGAGCUUCGCAAGAAGGAUUCCAAGGUUCGGCCUGUGAAGCGGAAGCCGGAUGGCACCGCAAAGCCGCACAGGUACCUCGAGGCAUACACCCUGACCCUGACUGAUGCUAUCGGCCGCUUCCUCGGCGUGAACGUAGGCACACCCCUGCAAAAGAAACUCUCCAAGCUCGCCUUGCUGCUCUUUGGAAUUGCUAUUGUCUGCGCUAUUAUCUGCCUAGGCGCCAACAAGUUCGACUCGAGGCAAGAGGUGGUCAUCUAUGCUGUCGCUACCGGGCUCUCCAUGAUUCCUGCAAGUCUGGUGGUGGUUCUGACGAUCACAAUGGCUGCUGGGACGAAGCGCAUGGUCAAGAGAAACGUCAUUGUUCGUAAUCUAAAGUCGCUUGAGGCUCUCGGCGCUGUCACCGACAUCUGUUCCGACAAGACUGGUACCCUCACACAGGGCAAGAUGGUAGCUCGUGGUGCCUGGAUUCCUGGAAAAGGUACAUACACCAUUGAGAACUCUACCUCGCCCAUGGACCCGACAGCGGGAGAUAUCCGCUUUCACCCUGACGCUCCAAACCGGAUCGAUUUCAAGAAGGGUGGGGACGCCUGUGGAACCAUUGCUCAGCCCGAUGACCUCAUGAGCCAGAGUGCCCAGGACCUCACUGCUUUUCUCCAGGUUGCUUCGCUUGCUAACCUCGCAACCGUUUCCAAGAAGGGUGACCAUUGGGAGACAAGAGGCGACCCGACCGAAAUUGCUAUCCAGGUGUUUGCAUCACGCUUUGGCUGGAAUCGCCAGACGCUCACCCAUGGCGAGAACGUACAGUGGUCUGAUGUCGCAGAGCUGCCUUUUGAUUCUGAUGUGAAGCGUAUGUCUGUAGUCGUCAAGAACAACGGGAGCGGCGAGCUUUUUGCUUUCACCAAGGGUGCUGUCGAGAGAGUCAUUCAAGCAUGCGCCAAGUAUUCGCCGCACGAUUCCGCCGACCUUAUCGAUAUUGACGAGCCCUUUCGCGAGGAGAUCCUGCGCAACAUGGAGAAAUUUGCUAGCCUUGGUCUCCGCGUUCUCGCGUUAGCAAGCAAGGUGUACACCUACCCUCUGAAGAAAGGCGACGACGUCGACCGAUCUACUGUUGAGAAGGACUUGGUUUUUCGUGGCCUCAUUGGACUUUAUGACCCUCCUCGCCCCGAGUCGGCACCCGCCGUUCGCUCCUGUCACGAGGCUGGUAUCUCUGUCCACAUGCUUACCGGCGAUCACCCCGAAACAGCCAAGGCGAUUGCUAUCGAAGUCGGUAUCCUGCCUCACCGGAUGGAAGCUGUCGCUAGUGACAUUGCCGCAGCCAUGGUGAUGACAGCUACGACAUUUGAUAGCCUAACAGACGAUCAGGUCGACGAGCUCCCGGUCCUUCCUCUUGUCAUUGCCAGGUGUGCCCCAUCAACCAAGGUCAGAAUGAUCGAGGCCCUUCAUCGUAGAAAGCGGUUUUGUGCCAUGACUGGCGAUGGUGUAAAUGACUCUCCGUCUCUAAGACGCUCGGAUGUUGGCAUAGCAAUGGGCCAAUCUGGAUCUGAUGUAGCCAAGGAUGCUUCUGAUAUUGUUCUCACAGACGAUAACUUCGCGUCUAUUGUCGCCGCUAUUGAAGAAGGUCGUCGAAUCUUUGACAACAUCCAAAAGUUCAUCCUUCACGUUCUGGCUGAAAACGUUGCUCAGGCAUGCACACUGCUCGUCGGUCUCGCCUUCAAGGAUGGUCGCGGACUCUCCGUCUUUCCUCUUGCGCCUGUCCAGAUUAUUUGGAUCAUCAUGGCUACCUCUGGUAUGCCUGACAUGGGCUUGGGAUUUGAACGCGCCGUGCCCGAUAUCAUGCGUCGCCCGCCACAGUCCCUCAAAACUGGUGUUUUCACUGCCGAGUUUUUGAUUGAUAUGGUUGUUUACGGCCUAUGGAUCACGGCACUUUGUCUUGGUGCCUUUACUCUCCGUGUUUACGGGUUCGGUGAUGGCAACCUAGGUGAGAAUUGCAACCAGGACUACAAUAGCACCUGCGACACCGUAUAUCGUGCUCGAUCAACCACCUUUGCGUGUUUGACGUGGUUCGCUUUGUUUCUCGCUUGGGAGAUGAUUGACAUGCGUCGCUCUUUCUUCCGAAUGCAGCCAGGCUCUAAGAAAUACUUCACCCAGUGGAUGAUUGAUGUUUGGCGAAACCAGUUCCUGUUCUGGGCCAUCAUGAUCGGCUUCUUUACUCUUUUCCCACUAAUCUAUAUCCCCAAGCUCAACACACUCGUCUUCAGACACUCAGAGAUCAGCUGGGAAUGGGGCAUCGUCUUCAUAGCAGCUGGCAUCUUCUUUGCGGGCGUCGAAGCCUGGAAAUGGGGUAAGCGUAUUUACUUCCGUCGCCAAACCCGCAAGGCCCACGGUGCAUCGUGGAAGGAUAUGGAUAUCGAACAACGCGUUUUUGGCGACUACCUGGGCUCUGAUGCAGUUCAGAGCUCAUCUAAAGAAAAAUAG